AUGAUCGAAGGCGAAGAUCUACUUCUGUGCCCAACCUGCGGCACUCAAUUCGAUGCACCCGCAUCCAGUCCACCAUCAGGUUACUGUAGGAUCUGCGAUUAUAUCCCUGCCAGUGGGCAAGCGUGGACGAGUCUGAAGGCCGAAGUGGGAAAGCACGAGACCAAGUGGAAGCAAGACGAGCAGGACAAGCGUAUUUGGUCCAUCUGGGCGGAACCAAAGCUCGGCAUCGGCCAACGAGCUCUGCUUCUACAGACCUCCCACGGCAACAUUCUCUGGGACUGCAUAGCUUACCUCGAUCAACCUCUCAUCGACUUUAUCAACUCUCUAGGUGGCCUAACAGCAAUAGUGAUCUCCCAUCCUCACUUCUAUACCACACACAUCUCUUGGGCAUCUACCUUCAACUGCCCCGUCUAUGUCCAUUCCCUCGAUAAACUAUGGCUGUCUCGUACGCCUCUUCCAACCACAAAGAGAGUAUUGCUAGAAAAGCAGUUUGAAAAGAUUGUGAAUGGCGUCACUGCUAUACAGGUAGGAGGACACUUUGAAGGCAGCAUGGUUUUGCAUUGGGACAAUCAUCUCUUCAUUGCGGAUACCUUUGUCAAUGUACCUUCGGGUUUCUACCGCAAAGACAGACCCAAAGGCACGACUUCGUUUUCGUUCAUGUGGAGCAUUCCAAACAUGAUUCCUCUGCCUCCAGACACAAUCCACGACAUGUGGAAAGCGGUCAAACCAUACGAGUUUACAGCAACACAUGGUCUAUUCACCGGCUGGGAUAUCAGAGAUGACAAUGUCAAGAAGAGCGUACUAGAGAGCAUGAAGAUUCAGGUCAGAAACCAGGGAUUUGCCGAGCAUGCUCUGUUGGACGAGGAAUGA